AUGGACAUCUUUAGUAAUUCCCGAGCCUCAGCACCAACACCAGCACCCAUAGAACCAUCCUCUAUUAUUCCAGGCCGCCAGUCUUCCGGGCUGAUCUUCGGAGAACCUAAAAAGACCACAGGUCCUCCCCGUCUAGGGAAAAGCGCAUAUCGCGACAUUAUGUCAAAUCAGGACCUCACGGAAACCCUCAGAUACCCCAAAGGGGCCACGAUUCUAGACCCGUGGGGCCAAUUAUUCCAUCUUCAUGUUUAUUCAACAAAACAUAACACCCAUAUCACAUUCACUGAUCCCAAAAGAAAUCCCAUAAUCUCCUCUUCGACCGGUAUAUUGGGGUUCAAAAAGGCUGGCAGACACUCUUACGACGCUGCCUACCAACUUGCUGCACAUGUCUUCCAGAAAAUCGAAGACAAGGGAUUAAUACCGAAGAAAGUGGAAGUUAUACUCAGAGGGUUCGGUGUGGGCAGGGAAGCCGUCACAAAGGCUCUACUAGGGAAGGAAGGUAGAUAUAUCAAGGAUGUAGUGGUGAGAGUUACAGAUGCCACCAGGACCAAGUUUGGUGGUACCAGGAGUAAGAAUAAGAGAAGAUUGUAG